AUGAGCAACGUCAACUCCAAUACCUGGAGCUUCAACGAUCUUCCUGUCCACCCCUUUUGCAACCUACCCGGGGAGCUACAGGAUGAAAUCUAUGAGGUUGCUAGUGCUGCGGAACCUGACCAACCGCAGAUUCGCUUCGUGAACUUUAGAGAACACCGCACUCACCAGCCAAAUUGCCCUCCGUUUAGCAUCACCCCCUGCCCCUGCAAAAAUGCCCACUACCUCACCUUCCACCCCCUUCGACGUCAAGACGUCGCCAACCAAACAAGCUGGCGCCAAAUCAUCCAUGCAAUUGAGUCUUCCACCCCAGAUGUGCACGUUGCAAGUAUUAACCACCGAAGUCGCGACGCAUCUGACCGCUUCAACGUGUUGAACCGUUUCCCUCAGCAGCAGGGCAACUGGUCCUUGACCACCGUGUCCACCAUGACCUCAGCCGAACGUGCGGCAUGCCGACACACCCCGAAGACCUUCAUCGGCGACCCAACGCGUUGCAGGUUGCAGGAUCUCGUCCUCGUCCACUUCCCCGGAAACCAAACCAUGCCGGUGACGUGGAUCGGGAAGCCCUUGUUCUUCGACCCGCUGUGCGGUGACCUCAAGGCCAUCGCUGUGACUAUGGACAACUGGAAGGACCAGGCCUAUAGCAACUACCUCGGCAAGUGGCUGAAGUUGAUGGAUGACGGGCGAGCAAGGUCCUGGAAACUUCUUGAGCAGUACGGUGCUGACAACGUUGCCGACGGGAAUUAUCCGACGGACUGGGUAACAACCGGCCAGACCCCAGGUUAUGUCCCAUGGUACCCUUGGUAUCCCCAGCGCAGGCUGAACUACGACAUGCCCUCAGGAAACAUGAAUUUACGCAUCCUGUAUGACAUCUUCACCGACGUCAAGGAGUUGUGGCUCCUAGACCUUGACGCACUGGAUUACGACGUCAAUCUCAAAGAAAUCCUCAGGUAUCGCAACACGUACGUCACACCCCCCAGACUCUGUCGCGAGUGUAGGUAUGUGCACGAUGGGUAUCCUAAGGUCUUUGGGGGUGUGGAUGCGUAUGAGUUCAUGGAGCUGCGGCUGUGUGACACAUGGUUCCAAAGGAAGUUUGGCAUUGCAUAUGAUGCGACGGAUUUCUUGGAUGCUCAAAGACAGCUGUCGAUGGACUGGUCGAGGGAUAGAGAUUGCCAUGACCGCUCUUGGACUCGGUCGCAGCCGGUGGCGAAGUUGCUUGUGCCGAUUCCCAAGAUGCCGUGA